CAAUUGUGUUUGUCCUCCGCGGUGUUCCGUAGUCGGGGGCUCACAGGUCCGUUUCUGAAAACACAGCGUUUUUGUCGGUUAAAUUCCUCUAGUAAAUUGUAUUUUGGUAGUGAAUUGUGCACAAUCUUACUAGUAAAAUUUAUUUAUUACAAUGGCAUACCAGCUCUACAGAAAUACGACGCUAGGAAACAGUCUGCAAGAGAGUCUUGACGAGCUAAUUCAGACCCAACAGAUCACUCCUCAGUUGGCGCUUCAGGUUCUCCUCCAGUUUGACAAAGCCAUCAACACGGCGCUGGCCAACCGGGUUCGCAACAGGGUCAACUUCAAGGGGUCACUAAACACCUAUAGAUUCUGUGACAACGUGUGGACCUUUGUUCUGAAUGACGUGGAGUUUAGGGAAGUGACAGAUCUGGUCAAGGUGGACAAAGUCAAGAUCGUCGCCUGCGAUGGGAAAAACACGGGCAAUGCUGCAGAGUGAACGAAGACGAUGGCAUCCGCUGAGACGUUACUGAUGAAGAGGAGGGUGGAGAGAGACCAC